GGAGGGCUGACUUAUGCCAUCCGCUUCCUGCUCGCGGCGAAUCUGCAACCAUUAGAAAUCUUGUUCGUCGACAAUGAGACAGGGUUUGGUGGUGCGUGUUACUUGAACCGUUAUCCCGGCUUAAUGUGUGAUCUCGAAAGUUCUUAUUGCAUGCCACUGCUUGAAGAGACUGGAUAUAUACCCAAAGAUAGGUAUGAAUACGGGUCUGAGCUUGGGAAUUAUACCGAAUAUCUUGCUGCGAGGUGGGUGCUACAAAUUCAGAAAAUUUCUCAGCAUGGGACCAUCAUAACACUUGAUAUUCGGACUGAGUUCUUUGUUCUUACCUCAGGACUGCUUCAUAACCCCAAACUCCCAAAUGUGACUGGAAUUGACAAAUUCAACAAGCAUACAUUUCACACAGCCCUGUGGGACUAUGCAUAUACU